GCGGAGCCGCACCGCUUGGAGCUGCGCGAUGUGCGGGCGGCGGAGCGGCGGGUGCGGGAGCGGCUGCACCGCACGCCGCUGCUCACCUGCACCGCCUUGGACCGCCUGGCCGGCCGGAGGCUGCUCUUUAAGUGCGAGCUCUUCCAAAAGACCGGUUCCUUCAAGUCAGGGCGCUGUGAUGGCCUCGCAGAUCCGCGGAGCCCUGAACGCUGUCAGGAGCCUGGUGGAGGGCAGCGGGCGCGCCGGAGGGGAGCUGCCCCGCGCUGUCGUGACCCACAGCAGCGGGAACCACGGGCAAGCGCUCGCCUGCGCUGCGCAAGCAGAAGGGAUUCCUGCCUACAUCGUGGUGCCCCACACUGCCCCACACUGUAAGCAAGCUGCCAUCCGUGCCUACGGUGCCACGCUGGUGCUGUGCGAGCCCAGCGAUGAGUCCAGAGCUGAGACAGCAGCUCGGGUGGUCCGGGAGACAGGAGGAGUGAUGGUGCAUCCCAACCAGGAGCCAGCGGUGAUUGCGGGGCAAGGCACAAUCGCCCUGGAGGUGCUGGAGCAGGCACCCGAGGUAAACGCAGUGGUGGUUCCUGUUGGAGGCGGAGGAAUGGUUGCAGGAAUAGCAGUUGCCAUCAAGGGAACAGGGACAGAGCUUCAGCCACGUGGCUCCUCCUGCUCUCCCCAGGCUCUGAGACCAGAUGUGAAGGUGUUUGCUGCUGAGCCAUGCAACGCAGAUGACUGUUACCAGUCCAAGCUGAGAGGGGAGCUGACCCCCAGCCUUGACCCACGGGAGACCAUCGCAGAUGCAGUGAGAACCAACAUCGGCCCCAACACAUGGCCCAUCAUCAGGGACUUGGUUGAUGAUGUCCUCACUGUCUCAGAGGAGGAAAUCAAGGUGAAGGCUCCCAGCUCCCUUCUCCCAGCUGCCUCCAUCCCUUCAUUCUCUUCCCACUCAUCCAGCUCUGUCCCAUGGAUAAGCUCCCAGGGCAGCACAACCCUCACCCCACCGCGGAUGUCCAACACCCACAUCUCCAGCUGGGAAGGGCUGGCGGAAGCUCUGCUCUCCCAGUGCCCCUUCCGCAGCCCAUCCUUGCAGCUGGAAUGACCGCAGCUGCUCUAUCCCGACAGCGAGCCACGCGGCUGGUGUGGGAAAGGAUGAAGCUGCUGAUUGAGCCAACAGCAGGCGUGGGAGUGGCGGCAGCGCUCUCGGAGCGGUUCCAGGCAUUCCCCCGGGAUCUGGAGCACGUUUGCAUCGUGCUGUGCGGGGGAAACGUGGACCUGAGCUCCCUGACCUGGCUCACAGAGGGCCCUGGGACGGCGGAAUGAGAAGAGAGCGGUGCCUCGAGCAAUGGGAGCAUCACUCUGGGUUUGUAGAGUCUGGUUUGUGCGUGACUAAAACCAGAUAAACAGCCUCAAA